CCAGCUCUCCAAUCUGUCGAGAGUAUUUUGGACUCUCACCCUGUCCUUUGAACCAGGAAACGGGCUCAAAACUUUCAGGAAACUGCUCGGAUUCAAGGCCAGACGCUUCCUGUUUCGUUGCUGUGCAUGCCCCACCUCGAAGGCCCAUAUCGCUGGGGGGACUCCCCGCUCCUUCGGCCCCUUUGGCAUCUGAAGCCUUGCUGGAUUUGUGGCAAAGAGCCAGGUGAUAUUGAAAGAUGGCGGAGAGCUCUGAGGUGCAUCCAAGUCUGGAGGGCAUCUUUCACGUUUUGGCCCAGGUACCUGAGGAGAGGCUGACUGGCUACAAACAUAAACUGAGCUGCGAGCGGCAAGACCAGCGGAGCUCUCAGCUCCUACAAACCAUGAUCCUGUUGACUUUAAAACGAGAAACAGAGGCCCGGAGAAACCUGGAUGCUUUGCGGGGUGACCCAGUGGCGGCUCGCAUUUCCCACUACAGCAAUGCUACGGCAAACACGGCCAAUGUUGUUCCUCCUCUGCAGCAGCAGGAGGGGGAGGCUGAAGUGAGACUGGCCAUUGCUCGGAUCUACUCACUGCUGGUGGAUGCAAAAUGGUGUGGUUGUGCACCCAGAGACAAGGCCUACCGGGCAGCCAUUGCCGCAUUCCGAUCCAGUGGCAUUGGCGAGGACUGUCUCCGGAGUCUCACAGAUGAAGCCUUGGAGAAGUGUGGGAUGGGCUUCACAUUUGGCUCAAGGGAAACAGGGAAGACCCCAAGGGCGAGUGAUCCGGUGCCAGUCCCAAACUCCUUGGAUCCUCAGCCGCUCCGAUCCACUGGAAGCCCGACCUCCUUCGUGAGCCACUUGGAGAUCAGCCAGUCCCUCACGGUGCCCAUUUGUACGCAUUCGGUGCACUACGGCACUGGGAUCAGCAAGCUUUGCGGCGAUAUACAAGAUGCCGAAGAGAGAAACAGAGGUGAAUCACUAGUGGGUAGAGAGGAAAAGUACGAAGAAAGCAGUGAUCUCAAGAACAGCCGUUGCUCUUCCUUCAAUCCAUCUGUCUCUAGGGUCUCGCCUGAAAGGAGUGUGCAGUGCCCUGAACCUGCAGCUGAAAAGCAAGUUCCUCCAAAGAGCUUGCCGCAUGAUCCACAAAUUCCGUCUGCAGAUUCAGAGCAUCCACAAAGUUCCGUGGCAAAUUCAUCUUCCUCAAAGCCAUCCUCAAAAACUGUUUCAGGCCCUCCACUGGCUGUGCCCUCGCCGAUGGAUCUGCAGGUCGAAGAUGAAUUCUUCACCUUCGUCGUGGUUCAUGCUGGUGAAGACGAGGCCAUCGCCUGCCGUGUCAAGGCCCAGCUGGAGAGCAUGGGGGUCUCCAAUGGAGCAACCUACAGUGAGGAUUUCCUCGUUCCCGGCCGCUGCCAGCUGGACUGCUUUGAGAACGCCUUGGACAAUUCGGCCUUCACCCUCUUCCUCCUGACGGAGAACUUCAAUAGCAGGCUCUGUGCCUACAAGACCAACGUGGCGCUCAUGGACUCCUUCACUCGCUUCUGCAAGGUCAACACGGUGAUCCCCUUCAUCCCCAAGGAGAGGCCCCUCGAGCCGAAGCAGAUGCCCCUCUUAUUGGCGUGCCUGGUGCCAAUGGAUGAGAACUCUCCCGUUUUCCCCAAGCGGGUCAAGAAUACCUUCAGAGAGAAGGAUAUCCAAAACAAGAAAGCAGCUUGGAGACUCCGGAGGCAGAUCCAGGAGAAGGAACGGUUGCAAGAGCAGAACCAGGAAGACCAGCAGCUACUGCAGCGUCUUUCGGUGCUUGACAUGAACAUGCCUUAUGUGGCGACGUCCCCGCAAGGAUUUUCAGGUCAUGCACCACAGCAGUGUUUUUAUCCUUCUCUGGGAAUGCCUCAACUUCCACAAGGCCCUGACCUGCCUUCUCUCGGCCCGUCCUUCAAGUUCUCCCAGGGCUUUGGAGGCGCUCAGCCGUCGCUGAUCAUUCAGAACGCCCAAAUGGUGCAAAUCGGAGACUGUAACAACAUGCAGGUGGAGAGGACCAAUGCAACGCUGGGCACAGCCGAGGAAAACGGCGUUGUGAAUCCAUGACUGAAAAUAAAGCCCUUUAAUAGUUA